AUGAUUCGGGAGGUUGCAGAAUUAUUUAGCUCGAUGAGAUUUGAGGGAGUUGAGCCAAAUCCUAUCACGUUUGCAGCCAUUCUUGGGGCCUUGCCCAAUGAGCGGGCCAUACGGGCGGGUAUCCAAUUACAUAGCUUGGUUAUCAAGAACAGUUUGGAUUCAGCUCGGGUAGUGGGAAACUCUUCGGUUACUCUGUACUCAAAAUCCGGAAUGGCCAGAGAGGCUAAGGAUGUGUUUGGUGACACUGAGUGUAGAGAUACAGUGUCCUGGAACGGGAUGAUUGCAGGCCUCAUCGUGAACGGGCUUGAGUUGGAGGCUCUCAACACAUUCGAUGGAAUGAGACUUUCUGGUGUAAAAUUCACGGACACAACUUUCCUUACCAUGAUUAAGUUACGCGCUAGACUUAAAGAAUUGGGUUUUGCCAAACAGGUCCACUGCCAGGUCAUCAAGACUGGGUUUGUUCGUCUUGAAAACAUUCGAACAGCUCUCCUGGGGUGCUACAUGAAAACCUGCGAGAUGGAUGAUGCGGACAAGAAUUUCUGUGGGAUGGAAACAGUUCAAAGUGUGGUUUCAUGGACGGCCAUGAUCGGAGGAUACUUACAGAAUGGGAAAACUGCACAAGCAAUAGAAAUGUUUGUGCGGAUGCGAAAAUGUGAUGUUAAGCCAAAUCAAUACACUUAUUCGACAGUACUCACUUCUCUUAAAAAUGUGAUGUUAAGCGGAUCAAUAUCAUGGAGUUACGUGCUCCAUGAUAUUGAGGAGGAACAAAAGGAGGCCAUCCUCUCUAGGCACAGUGAGCGGCUGGCUAUUGCAUUUGGGUUGAUUUCUGUACCGUGUGGUAUCCCAAUAAAGAUCAUAAAGAAUCUUAGAGUUUAUGGUGACUGCCAUACUGUGAUUAAGCUUAUAUCCAAACUGGAAGGCAGGGAAAUUGUCGUGAGGGAUUCAAACCGGUUCCAUCAUUUUAGUGAUGGCUGGUGCUCUUGUGGAGAUUACUGGUAA